AUGGUUUGCCUUGCACGGUCUUUUCGAUUAGACCACAUUGAUGUCAUCAUUCAAUCUCGGAUAAUGCAAGAUGCCGACGACAUUGGUGACGCAACUCCAAACCCACGAGCCGAUACGUGUAACUUGCCUGUGCUUGCAGAUGAGUCAGACAUUGAUGAUGACCAACAAGAUUUGCCUCCCAAAUUUUGUCCCCAUGCUGAUAAGGUUUUCCUGUCUGUCCAAUGGGUUCAUGGUAUCACACUCGUCCGACAAAGUUUCGAGGGGGGAGCCAAUGAAUUUCGUUCUGUCCUUCGCAAAUAUGCGAUUGAGUGUGGAUUUCGCUUUAAAUUUCUGAAGAAUGACUCUGUACGGAUCACAGCGGUUUGCAUGAUGAGGGAAUCGAAAAACUGCAUAUGGUCUAUACAUGCACGAGUAUUACGUGCUGAUGAGUUUUUCUACAUUCAUAAGUGGAAUAGGGAGCACAGUUGCGGUGUUGUCGUCCGGACAGCAAAAAACCCAAGGGCUGGGUCUGAAUUAGUGUGUGAUGUUAUAUCCGAACGGGUACGUGACAGACUGCUCACACGUACGACCGAUGUGGUGUACGACCUGAAGAAAGAUUAUGGAUUAGAAAUUAGCUACCGGGUCGCAUGGUUGGGCAUUGAGAAAGCGCGUGGCAAAAUAUUUCGUGCACAUUCCAUUUCAUUCGAUCAGUUGCGGUGGUAUAGUAAUGCCGUUAUGGUCAACAAUCCAGGCAACUACAUAAACAUUGACUAUGAUGAACAAAAUCACCGAUUUGAACGGUUUUUCAUAUCAUUCAAAGCAUGUAUUGAUGGGUUCCACCAUUGUUGCCCUUUAUUAUUUUUGGAUGGUACUUUUUUGAAGGGUAAAUUUAAGGGCAAUUUGCUAGCUGCCAGUGCGAAAGAUGGCAACCAAGCUUUGUACACAAGUUUAUUUCCAUUGGCAAUAACAAUUGUGGAUUCUGAAAACACUGUAAACUGGUUCUGGUUCUUGCAACACCUUGCCAACAUUGUUAGCAAUGACAGGACAUUGACAUUCUUGUCUGACCGUCACACAGGCCUCAUCUACUCAAUACCCAAAAUAUUCCCGUCAGCACACGAUGCGUUUUGCUUACAACAUUUGCAACAGAAUCUGCAGGACAAGAUGAGGGGUGUACGUUACAGCGAGAUGUGUUCUAAUGCUGCUGAGUCAUUCAACUCAUGGAUCCGCGAAGCGCGACAUCUUCCCAUCACCCAAAUGGUUGAUAGUAUUCGGACAAAAAUCAUGAACCAAAUGUCGAAGCGCAGACGCAAGUCAGCAGCAUGGCCUGGAGUUCUAUGUCCCAAGAUGGAGGCUCGAUUGGUGAAAGCAUAUAACAAAGGAAGGGCAUGGAUUGUAAGCCAAUCAAAUGAUAAUGUGUACGAGGUCCAUUCGUAUCCAUCAGUGCUGGUUGAUGUUGACAGGCGUACGUGCUCGUGUUUUCAGUGGCAAAUUAAUCAGUUACCAUGUGCACACGCAAUGGUUGCAAUACGUAACAGUGGUAGAGAUUUAUAUGAUUUGGUUGAGCCAUUUUAUCAUGCAGCAACAUACCGACUGUCAUACGCUUCAAGCAUAACCCUUAUUCCUACUGUUGAAAAACCAUCAUUCCAGCUGGACGACUUUGUCAUACACCCACCUGUUGUGAAACGACCGCCAAGGAGGCCAAAGAAAAAACAUAUGCUUUCUAGGGGGGAAGAAGUGCAGUUAAUUCGUUGCGGACGUUGUCAACGCAUGGGGAACCACAACAGGAAGACAUGCAAUGAACCAAUUUAG